AUGUCACAAUUGAAGAAAUUUACAUUUAAUAUUUAUUCAAACAUUUGUCUUGAUAAUCAAAUUGAUUUGCCAUCAAAUGAAAAUAUACAAAACACAUUCAGAAAUUUUAAAUUUAAUCAAAUUAUUUCUUGUGUUGAUUAUUUUUUAGAGACAGUAGAAGAUCAAUGUCUUAUUUAUUCAUAUCCAUAUACAUUGAAAGAAUACAAUAAUAUAAUAAAUAAUUUUUCAGGUGGAUUAUUUGAAUGUGUUCGUGAAAUAUCCUUAUUUGAUGAACGACCUUUUGAAUAUGACUUUUUUCUUCGUAUUGCCCAAUCAUUUCCAUUAAUCGAAGAAUUAACUUUAAAUAAUCAAAAACCACGAGAGAAUAAACAAUGCACAAAAUCAAAAGACGUUGAACAAGAUUUCUCAAUCAUUAAAUAUCCUCAUCUUAUUUAUCUUAAUCUAUAUAAAGCUCAUGAGGAUUAUAUCGAACUAUUCUUAGAUCAUACUAAAACAUAUUUACCAAACAAUAUGGAUCUUGCUACCGAUUAUGAACUACUAAAAAAAAAGUUACACACAAUUUUAAAAGAAAUACAACACGAAUUAAUUGUUCAAAAAUAA